GUGGCGUUCUGUUUGAUCAUUGUUAAGAACCAUGCUAUCGUAUCGGUUCUUGUGAUCUAUUUGUGAUUGACUGUGUUCCAUCGUUUAACUAAAAGUGCAGGCUUGCAGUGGGGGUAAUUGCCAGUUAUUAGUGGAAAUUGAAUAUUCACUUUUUGGUGCACUGAAGAUGCUGAUAAUGAUCGGUAUUUGCCCGUUCUGAUCUGUGUUUUUGAUUGAUUGGCUGUGGCCUGUGCUUAUCGGAAUGCUUGCCAUUUCUGAUGUAAUUGGCCUGUCGGAUUGCGGAUCCUCGAGCUCUUCGGAGGGAGAGGAUUGAUAAAAACCUUACCUGGAUACGAAACGUUUGGAUGGACUGACGAUAAAACUGGACGCGCAUGGAACGAGGAACUUCGGAGGACUUGGACGGAAAACAAACUCCAUCAACUUGGACCUCCAUUUGAACCCCCGUCACACCCCGGAUUCCACACGCGAAUGAUGAAACGGAUCCUCUAGGAUUACGGUACUUCCUGGAUUUCGAUUUUCUUUGAUUUGGGUUUGUGUUUGUUUGUUUGCUUUGAUUAACGCGGACGUUAAUUCUGUAGCAGUGGGGGUAACGCGCUAUGCGUAGUAUGCGCGUAUUACGUACGUGUUAUGACGUACGUGUUGUCAGUUCCGUUACGUACGAUGUGCUGUUCUUAUCUAACGCAUUUGAUCGCUGAUUCCAUCGACGAUUCUGGUUGAAGGAAUGAGUCUGAAGUUUCUAACUUCAACUAAAUCUGUGAGCUUGUUUCUAGCUGAAAGGUCGUGUGACUCUAGGUUAGAAGGAAGUUCAUAUCUCGUUCUGUUCUGUUCUGUUUGUUCGUUCGGUUCGGUUUGGUGAUUAAACAUUUGGGAAGUUCCUGAGUGUUUUGGUUUCGGUAACUUUCGUUAGGCACAGCAAUCCGCUCGUACCUAGCGGAAGUAGGCAGUAGUACCACUUACGGAGUCCAGAGCAUAUUCCCACUCUACCGAUUGAGUAGGUUUGGUCAUCUAGUGCGGUUGUCGCGGUGCGACUUCCGCAUAGCAUGUCAAUAUUUGUGUGCGUAGCUGGGCGGUCAUCUUUGGUCGGUACGUGAAAGCUACCGAAGUCAGUCUAAGAUUUCAAAUCGCCGCAAUGCAUAUUUACGAAGACCACACCGGAUGCGUCAGGCUCGGUGCAUGGAAUGCAGUGGACGUUCUCGUCGACGGUGGGCUCCAGUACGGUCAUAUUACCAAUGUCGUGGAAGGGGGACUCAUCAUCGAUUUUGGCUGUGCUACACAGCGGAUGCGGUUUGUUGAAUACCAGAACAUUUUCAACAGCCAGACUGCGAAUUUCGUACAUCCUCUUCCAGGAGAGGAGGCGCAAGUACUGCUACGCCAUCGACCAGACAGUGCAUGGGCAUGGUACUCCGGAGCCAGAUUGUCCGCUUCGACGGCCAACGGGAAAUUCGUAGAGGUACAUUUACCACAUGGCACCACGAAAGAGCUUGUGCCGUCCAGUCAAGUGCGUCCGCUCGCCCUCUCACCUACAGUUAGCUCUUUUUCAUACAAUCUGCGAGUACGCGAAAAGGAUUUCGUUGUCCGCUCCUGUUCGUUGCCGGCUGAUUUUUGGUCAAGAGGAUCGCGAGUACUGAGAGAGACCUUUAAGCAUUUGUUGAAUAGCGAACACAAAGUGCUGUGCACACUGCUUAGCCAGAUGCUCCUUUACUUGCAACGCGGCACUGACACUCCGUUGCAGCCCGAUACAGUGGAAGCGUUGUAUCUGAAGGCGAAGGAUUACGAGAAAAUUGGUCGUACUCCACUUUGGAUACUGGAAGAAACGGAGACCAAGGAGCCAGACAGAAAACGUAAGACUUGUGGAAAGCGCAACAUCGGUCUGCCUCUAUCAGUUGAACUGCUGGUGGAGAUCUUCCAGUCACUUGACUCAAUUAACCGUUUUCGCUGCCGCCGCACGUGUGGUCUGUGGAACCGUAUUCUCACCACCGCAGCUUAUUUCCCGGAUGUGUGUGUGGUAUGCUAUGCCGAGGAAGAGGACUGUUUGAGUUCCGCUGUGAAUGCAUACUUCUCGAUGGCGAGCUGCUUAUUGAAGUGUACGGACACUCAUACCAAGACGCUGGUUUUCGCCCACAUGGACUGGCCUCAGUUGCUGAACGCUUCGUCAGUGUUGGAAUCCGACAUUUGCAUUCCAAAAAUAAUCUUCUAUCACUGUUCAUUUGGAGAAUAUAACUUUGAUUGGGGGUCUAUGGUGGUGGACGAAAUAGCCACUAUGUGUGGAACCUUUGAUGCAGUUGUGUUGAAGAAGUGCCAUCUGAGCGAGCUUUCGUUAUCGGCAACUAUACUGCAGCACUCAUUCUGCACACAGUCACCAGAGCGGCUACGGGAGCAGCUGUGGGAUCUUUUUGAGAACAACCUUAAUCUGGAGGAACCGAUUAAUCAGACAGCUCUGCGGGAAAAGAUCGCCAACUGUACAGAUUCCUACCCAAUUGUGCCGAUUCUUGAGACCUUUCAAAAAAUUGACCCACGUUUGUCACUGCUUAUCGUGGUCAAGAAUGGACGGUAUCUACAAUUCCCAAUCUGGAUGUGAACAAGCUGACAAAGCUAACGCUUGCGGCUUUGAGUAAAAUGCUGGAAUGAUUCAUUGACCAGCGGUACAGGUGCUGUAGACAAGUUUGUAUGAAGAAGCAGUUAUUUCUCUACGAGGUAGCCAUUAUAAAUACUUUUUUAUGUUUUUCUGGUCCUGAUCGGUUUCUGAGAGAAUCGCAGCAGUGGAUGAUUGUUCUGUCAUACCGAUGGUUCAAAUUUAA